CUCUGUUCGCCACCAAAAAUCGAAUCGUAUAAAAGCAGAACGAACAUCGACCAAAAGCAUCAUUCGCUUCCCAGCCUUCCUCUGUGUACUCAAAACAGAAAGAAAAACAAUAAGAAAGAACCAACAUGUUCAAAGCAAUCGUUGUCUGCUCAUUGGUGGCUAUUGCCUCAGCUGGAGUAUUGCCAGACCCACAUGGUUAUGAUGCUCAUGCCUACGAAGUGCAUGCUCCAGCCAGCUACGAUUUCUCAUACUCGGUGCAAGAUGGCCAUACCGGCGAUGUGAAACAACAACAAGAGUCACGCCGCGGUGAUGCCGUCCAAGGUAGCUACUCGUUGGUUGAACCAGACGGUCACAAACGCACAGUACACUAUGCUGAUGAUGGCCACUCUGGAUUCAACGCAGUCGUUGAACGUGAAGGAACUGUUCACCAUCAACCACAAGUUGCUGUUGCUCACGCACCAGUAUAUCACGCUGCCCCAGUAGUUCAGGCUGUGCACGCUGCUCCUGUUGCAGUAGCCCACGCACCAGUUGCUGUCGCCCACGCACCAGUUGCUGUCGCUCACGCACCAGUUGCUAUCGCCCAUGCCAGCCCAGCUGUAUACUCUCAUGGUCAAUCAAUCUCACACCAAAGCUUCUCGGCUCCAGUUGUUGCCCAUCAAGCAUAUGCAGCUCCAAUUGCCCAUGUUGCCGCUGCACCAGCCUACCAAGCCAUCCAACCAGUCCAACAAGUUGGCUAUGCCAGCCAUGGUUAUGCUGGACAAGGAUACUCUGGACAAGGAUACUCUGGACAAGGAUACUCUGGACAAGGAUACUCUGGACAAGGAUACUCUGGACAGGCCAGCGGAUACUCAACUGUUUCACAAGUGACCCACCAUGGCGGCUACCAUCAUUAAAUCUAACGAUUGCUUUCUUCUUACGGUUUUAUGAAUAUUCUAUUGUGUACACAGACUUCUUUGUAUAUACAUUACAAUGCACACUUUCAUCUAGAAAACACUUAAAUAAAAUAAAUUUUUAGAGAAAACAGUUA